AAGAAACAACAGUACUCCACCUUUCUACUCUAUAUCGACGUACCUAGGUAGUCUCGUAUUGGCUCGAAUCGACACGAAGCUGUAUCGACUUAAUUUGCUCUGCCCUGCGUUAUUACGUGUAUGGUUAGACCGGCCUGCCAAUAGUCGUGCCGGAAUACCCGGCCAGGUUUCAACAACGCCUCAGAUCCACCCACAUAUGGGAGCAUGUCAUCAUAUUUAGCUACAUGUAGCCUGGUAACAAAGGAAUAGCUUGUGAUGAACCGGUACCUAAUCGGCUAGAGGGGCACUAUGGCGUAGAGGGGUUACCUCACACGCUCCUACGGAUGUCAGCCAGUGCCUGGUAGCUCAUAAUUCAUAAAUAGACCUGCUUCUUCUUCGUCCUCCCCUCCUUCUGACCUUGACAUCAAACCAGUUCCAAUUCCAACGACGAAACGACUACUUAGAAUUAACGAUAUCUUCAUAAAUCAGCAAACAUGUUCGGAUUCGACGACGCUAAGAACCAACGUGACGAGAUCUACGACGGCCAGCCUCAUGAGUCUAAGCUGUCUCACGAGCUCAUCGGCGGCGGUGCCGCCUUCGAGGCCAUGAAGCUCUUCGAGGACCGCCAACGCAAAGAAGGCAAGACCGUAAACCACGCAUUCGCCAAGGAGGUCCUUGCCGGCAUUGCCGGUGCUGAGGUCGACAAGCUCUUCGAGACCAAGGGUCUUGACUUCAUAGACCGCGAGAAGGCCAAGCACCAUGCUAAGAAGCAGGCCGAGCACCUGUACGAGUCCCAGUAUGGUGGCCAGGACCAGUAUGACCCCAACAACUUCGACCGCCACCCUUCCACCAACUACUAGAUCAUCAAAUGGAUCUUGGAAAUUUGGAUUGUGUGCUGAGCAUCAAGACUCAAUGGCUGGAUGACUAGAUACGAAUAAAUGAGAAGUGAAAUAAAGCCAAUUUAAAUGGUGUUGUCUCAUUGUGCCUUCAUUAAACAGUGAAGUUACUGUGAUGUUUGAGCUCUUAGUAGAUGUUUGUUCUGAGGUCAUACCGAGACUGACAAGUACACUUCAGUUAUCAACCUUUUUGGUGAACAUUGUAAUUUUAACACUGUAGAAAUCAGUUUUUUGGCCUUUGCAAAGUUUUGGGUCAAUUAGUUGCAGCAAGCCCUAGGCGGUGAAUGUUAAGCUCGGAGGGUAAUUGCCGAGGCA